GGCGGGGAGGGGUAGUCUGCGAGGGGAGCGAGCGGGUGGCAGCCAUGGGGCCGGUGCUGAAGGCGGGCGUCCUGCUGCUCAUCGCCCUGCUCGGCCUGGGGACGGCGAAGGAGACAAACUCCCCUCCGAAGGUGGAGGUGUACUCCCGCAAACAUGCCUCAAGCGGAGAGGAAAACGUCCUUAACUGCUUCGUGAGUGGCUUCCACCCUCCGAAGAUUAAUAUCACCCUCCUCAAGAACGGGGAGCCCAUGACCGGUGUGCAGUACGCGGACAUGUCCUUCAACGACAAGUGGCUUUUCCAGCGCCUGGUGUACGCACCGUUCACCCCCAGGAAGGACGACGUCUACGUUUGCAGGGUGGACCAUUCUGCCUUCAAAGAGCCACAGUCUUUCCGUUGGGAUGCAGACAUGUAAGCGGUGUCUGAGAUAAUCAUGGUUUGAAAAAUUCUGCUUUGCAAGUCAAAAUCUUCUUGAGCUUCUCUCCUUUACAUCUUGCUUCUGGAUAUGAAGAAUAGCACUUGUGUAUUAACAAGGAAUUCUGCAGUGAAGCUUGUCAAUACAUCAUUUAUCUAAAGUGGCACACGAGCACGUAUUUAUAAAUAUCCACAUUACUGAUUAAAAAAAAUUGUAGCUCUUCAGUGCUCUGAAUUGUAUGAGAUUUUUGUCUUUAAUAAAAUUGGAGAACCUUAGUGGGGUCCUUAAAAAGUUU